AUGCUCUCCACCCUCCUCAUCCCCACUCUCCUAACUGGAGCGGCCAUCGCAGCCCCCAGUCCUGCCAAACGCGCCCUCCCCCCCGCCUUCUUCCUAGCCGGCGACUCAACGACCGCCUCAGGCGGCGGCUGGGGCGACGCCUUCGUCUCGUCUCUAUCCAACGGCGCAACAGGCGAGAACUUCGGGGACUCCGGCGCAACAACAGGCUCCUUCCGCGCGGAGGGAUUCUGGGCGGAUACGCUGGCCGCGGUCGAGUCAGCGUCGGGGUCGUACACGCCCUACGUCACGAUCCAAUUCGGGCACAACGACCAGAAGACCACGUCCGGACUGAACGCAUUCAAAGCGAACCUGAUCCAAUUCAACACGGACGUGUUGGAAGCCGGCGGAAUCCCGAUCUUCCUUACGAGCCUGACGCGUCGGAAUUUCGAGGACGGCGUUGUGCGCGAUGAUCUGGAGAACGUGCGGAAUCUGACCAUCGAAGCCGCGACAGAGGUUGGUGCGCUGUGGGCGAACCUUAACGUUGCGAGUCGGGCGUAUGUCAAUGAGAUUGGGGAGGAGGACUCGCAUACGUAUAACCUGAGCGAGGGCGACAAUACGCAUCUGAACGAGGAGGGGGGUGUAGUCUUUGCGGGGAUUGUGGGGAUUCUGCUGAAGCAGCUGGAUGAGAGUUUUGAUGAGUUUAUCGAUAUUGAUGAGGAGCUUGUGGAGGCUGUUGCGGCGGGGGAGUACUACUGGCCUGAACUGUGA